UUCAUAAUCUUUAUAUCUCAAAAUCAAUUUCAGAUUUUGCUCUCUUACUUUGCUAAAGAUCAAAACUUUCAGUCUAUUCUCAACACCAAAUGGCACCAAAACAAGAGAAAAAGCCAGCAGAGAAGAAACCGGUGGCGGAGAAAGCUCCGGCCGAGAAGAAGCCAAGAGCGGAAAAGAAGCUGCCGAAAGAAGGCCCUGGCGCCGGCGCAGACAAGAAAAAGAAGCGUGCAAAGAAGAGCAUUGAGACUUACAAGAUUUACAUAUUCAAGGUGUUGAAGCAAGUGCACCCUGAUAUUGGGAUAUCAAGCAAAGCAAUGGGAAUCAUGAACAGUUUUAUAAAUGAUAUAUUUGAGAAACUGGCGCAAGAAGCAGCAAGACUUGCUAGGUAUAACAAGAAACCCACUAUUACUUCAAGGGAGAUUCAAACUGCUGUUAGAUUGGUGUUGCCUGGUGAACUUGCUAAGCAUGCUGUCUCUGAGGGUACUAAAGCAGUAACUAAGUUUACUAGUUCCUAGGUUAUUGGUUUUUUUCUUUUUGUGGGUUACUAAUUUUGGUCUUUGUUAAUGUAAAAGGCUAAAGAUUGGUCCGUUUAUGUUUAGGGUUUCUUGUGUUUAGGUUCUUUUUGGAUUGCUGCUACUUUUUGUAACUAAUGUAUGAAAGUGGACUUUACUGGUAAUGAAUCUAUCAUAUCUUAGUAGUUUCUUGAA